UCUUCCCCGACCCACGGACUUUUGUUUCUCUGACAGUCCCGGAACAAUGUCUCACAGAAAGUUUGAGCACCCCAGAAACGGCUCUAUGGGCUUCAACCCCCGUAAGCGUGCCGCCAGACACCGUGGUAAGGCCAAGUCCUUCCCCAAGGACGACGCCAAGAAGCCCGUCCACCUGACUGCCUUCCUGGGCUACAAGGCCGGCAUGACCCACAUUGUCCGUGACCUGGAUCGUCCUGGUGCCAAGAUGCACAAGAAGGAGAUCGUCGAGGCUGUCACCAUCCUCGAGACUCCCCCCGUUGUCGUUGUUGGUGUUGUUGGCUACGUCGAGACUCCCCGCGGUCUCCGUUCCCUCACCACCGUCUGGGCUGAGCAUCUCUCUGAUGAGCUCAAGCGCCGCAUGUACCGCAACUGGUACCGCUCCAAGGAGAAGGCCUUCACCAAGUACGCCAAGAAGUACACCGAGGGUGCCAAGCCCAUCGAGCAGCAGCUGGAGCGCAUCAAGAAGUACUGCCAGGUCGUCCGUGUCAUCGUCCACACCCAGAUCAAGAAGCUCAAGCUUGGUCAGAAGAAGGCCCACGUCAUGGAGAUCCAGCUCAACGGUGGCACUGUCGCUCAGAAGGUCGACUGGGCCAAGGAGCACUUCGAGAAGACUGUCGACGUCGCUUCUGUCUUCGAGCAGGAUGAGAUGAUCGAUAUCAUUGGUGUCACCCGCGGCCACGGCUUCCAGGGUGUCGUCGCCCGUUGGGGUGUCAAGAAGCUGCCCCGCAAGACCCACAAGGGUCUCCGCAAGGUUGCUUGUAUCGGUGCCUGGCAUCCUGCCCACGUCACCACCACCGUCCCCCGUGCUGGUCAGAUGGGCUACCACCACCGCACUGAGAUGAACAAGAAGAUCUACCGUGUCGGCAAGGCUGGCGAUGCCAAGGGCGCCUCCACCGAGUUCGAUCUCACUGACAAGCCCAUCACUCCCCUCGGUGGCUUCCCCCACUACGGUGUCGUCAACGAGGACUGGGUCAUGCUCAAGGGCUGUGUCAUGGGUCCCAAGAAGCGUGUCAUCACCCUCCGCAAGUCCCUGGUCGUCCACACCCGCCGCUCGGCUCUCGAGAAGGUCAGCCUCAAGUUCAUCGAUACCUCCUCCAAGUUCGGUCACGGUCGCUUCCAGACCAUCGAGGAGAAGAACUCGUACUUCGGCACCCUCAAGAAGAACCUUGCUUAAAUUUGACAUUUCCGGGCUGGGCUGGGCGUGUUUGUACGGAUUGUGUUUGUCCUGAAAUACAAAAUGAAAUGGGCACCCCA